GCUGCAUUCUUUCUGGGCGGCCAUGGACGGUGGUGUGGCUGCCGCCGCUUCCGUAUCCAAGAAGACGAAGCAGUGGCUGAACAAUCAAGACCUCAUCAGCGACCUCCCUGACGAGAUCCUCGACAUCAUCAUCUCCCGCCUCCCCACCAAGCCAGCGCCGCGGACAGCCGUCCUCUCCUCCCGGUGGCGCCACCUCUGGCGCUCCGCCCCGCUCAACCUCGCCGUCGACCGCCGCCUCUCCGGGUGGGAGCGCGACCGCAUCGCCGUCGUCUCCAAGAUCCUCGCCGCACACGCUGGCCCUGUGCGCCGCCUCUCCCUCCACGACAUCGUCUGCCUCCGCCGCGGCAUCUAUACCAAGAUCGACCGCUGGUUCCGGUCCCCCACCCUGGAUGGCCUCGAGGAGCUCGACUUCACCUCCAACGGCUCUUACUACGGCGACGGCUACGGAGGCGACAGGCCACCGCGCCCGCUGCCGCCUUCGGCCCUCCGAUUCGCGCCCACGCUGCGCGUUGUCAGCAUCGAUUGCUGUGAUUUUCCUGAGAUUGAUGCUGCCCCUGCGCUCCUUUUCCCUCGGCUGAAACAACUUAAGCUGCACAAGAUCGCCAUCUCACAUGCGGCCAUCCACCGCCUGCUCGCCGGCUGCAUCGUGCUCCAGAGCCUGGAGCUUGGAUCGAUCCAUGGGCUCAACACUGUCUGGAUUGUCUCCCCGACUCUACGAAGUAUUGUUUUCUCUGUUUCUUACCAGUAUUACAGAGCAAAUGUGAUGCUUCAGAAGCUUGUCAUUGAGGACGCGCCAUGCCUUGAAAGAUUGAUCCCACUUGGGGAGGGCCCCAGGAUAAUCAAGGUCAUCUCUGCACCGAAACUGACGGUGGACUACUGCCUUUGAUAGCUUAGUAUGCAAGUGAUGUUGGCGGGUUUGAUGCCCUCUCAAGAGAAUAUCAGGAGAUAGAUGCUCCAUUUAUGUCGUCAUAUCUUUCGUUCCAAGCAUCCCGAUGUCUUCAUAUGUAAUGAU